GAAAUUAUUUAUUAACACCAAUUUCAAUCAAAUGAGUUUUAAUUAAUUCGGAUAAACCGAAGAAUCUCCAACGAUUCGAUAAAUCCCACAAAAUCCGGAGUGAUAAUCGCGAAUUCAUGCUGCCAGAUGUCUUGAUCUCCUCCAGUCACCUCCUGAUUGGUUGUGGAUCGUCGAUUUAUCGAUUAAUCAAUCACUCCUCUGAUCAUUACUUCGACGUUCUACCCGAGUUUAUUUUUGCAUCUACGGGAAUUGCAGCGAUUGCGGGAAAAUGUCUGUUCAGUCUGGGGUAUCAUUUAUUCUGGCGAAAAUACCCAAUCGAUCCCCUCUUAAUCGAGGAGGACAUAAAUUCCCGACGAAACGAGAGAAAUGUCAUAGACUCGAGCCUCUCAAUAUUCGGAUUAGCAAGUCUCAUCUACGCUCUGUAUCACCACCACGAUUACCAAGCGACAGGUGUCAUAAUUAUUUCAUCGCUAGCACUCGCUGAAUUUUUUUUCAUGAGUGAAGAUCUUCUGAAAUCCCAGAGUCACACUCCCCCAGAGGAUAAAAAAUCAACUGAUAACCAUCUCAAGUGGCUGUGGAUCCUCUCCUUCGGGACAUUCGGAUGUGCAAUGAAUAACAAUUACGCUCGUCUAGCAACAGUUCCCUGCGUAAUUUCCAAUCUAAUUUACCCACCUGAUGCCUUCUCCCACGGCUGGUCCCUCAGAAACUGCCUCAUGGACUAUAUGACGUUACUCUACAUCAUUCUGAUGACUGAAGCCAUCUGUCAAUGACCUUGAACACAAGUGGAAUCAAUGCAGAACGAAACUGAAACAAAUCGGGCAACUCUUGAAUUAUUCUGUAAUCCUGUUAAAAAUGGGAGAAAAUCGGAACGCGUGUCUUUGAAAUUUAAAUAAAGCGGGAGUUAUGUGACAGGAUCGCAGGAGAAUUAAAG